AUGGACCAACAACAGCAGGCCGUGGAGAAAGAGGACCGGGACAACCUGUGUCUUCCUGCUUCCAUUUCAUCUCCUACUGGGGUACUUUUCUCUUACACAGGCUUACGGUUUUUAAGGGCCUUAAGAUUGAUACAGUUCUCAGAAAUCUUACAGUUUUUGAAUAUAUUGAAAACAAGCAAUUCCAUAAAACUGGUGAACUUGUGUUCAAUCUUCAUAAGCACAUGGCUAACAGCUGCAGGCUUCAUACAUUUGGUGGAAAACUCAGGGGAUCCUUGGGAAAACUUCCAAAAUUCCCAGUCACUUUCCUACUGGGAAUGUGUCUACUUACUGAUGGUUACCAUGUCCACUGUGGGCUAUGGAGACGUGUACGCCAAAACUACCCUGGGACGACUUUUCAUGGUGUUCUUCAUCCUCGGUGGUUUGGCCAUGUUUGCGAGCUACGUCCCUGAAAUCAUAGAGUUAAUAGGAAACCGCAAGAAAUAUGGUGGUUCCUAUAGUGCUGUUAAUGGGAGAAAGCACAUCGUGGUCUGUGGUCAUAUUACCCUUGAAAGUGUGUCCAACUUCCUAAAAGACUUCCUACACAAGGACAGGGAUGAUGUCAAUGUAGAAAUUGUUUUUCUCCAUAAUAUUUCCCCUAAUCUUGAGCUGGAAGCCUUGUUUAAACGGCACUUCACCCAGGUGGAGUUCUACCAGGGAUCUGUUCUCAACCCACACGACCUGGCCAGAGUCAAGAUAGAGUCAGCAGAUGCCUGUUUGAUCCUAGCUAAUAAAUACUGUGCAGACCCUGAUGCUGAGGAUGCUUCCAACAUCAUGAGGGUGAUUUCCAUCAAGAACUACCACCCGAAGAUCAGAAUCAUUACCCAGAUGUUGCAGUACCACAACAAGGCCCACCUUUUGAACAUUCCCAGUUGGAACUGGAAAGAGGGUGACGAUGCCAUUUGCCUUGCUGAGCUGAAGCUUGGCUUCAUCGCACAGAGCUGUCUGGCUCAGGGCCUCUCCACCAUGCUGGCCAACCUCUUCUCCAUGAGGUCCUUUAUCAAGAUUGAAGAGGACACGUGGCAGAAGUAUUACCUGGAAGGAGUAGCCAAUGAAAUGUAUACUGAGUACCUGUCUAGUGCCUUUGUGGGCUUAUCCUUCCCCACCAUUUGUGAACUCUGCUAUGUGAAGCUAAAGCUGCUACUGAUCGCUAUCGAGUACAAGUCUGAUAUACGGGAAAGCAGCACUCUCAUCAACCCUGGGAACCAUGUGAAGAUGCAGGAAGGAACCCUGGGGUUCUUUAUCGCCAGCGAUGCCAAAGAAGUUAAGAGGGCACUCUUCUACUGCAAAGCUUGCCACGAUGACAUCACAGAUCCCAAAAGGAUAAAGAAAUGUGGAUGCAAACGAUUGAUCUAUUCCAAGAUGUCCGUCUACCAGAGAAUGACGCUGGCAUGUUGUUUUGAUUGCGGCCGUUCAGAGCGUGACUGCUCUCGCAUGUCAGCCAAUGUGCAUCACCAUAGUAACGCGAAGGACACCCUUCAACAGCGUGGCUUCCCUCUCUCUCCUGUCUCUCUUAAUGAUCGCUCGACCACUUUACGUGCCUCAAAAAAUAACUAUAACGGAUAUAUCAAAUCAAUGGAAGAGGAGCAGCAGUCAGCUGUUUCGCCUAAAAAGAAACAAGGCAAUGGAAACACGAGGAACUCACCCAACAGUUCACCAAAAAUGAUGAGGCAUGACCCUCUCCUCAUGCCGGGGAACGAACAGAUUGAGAACAUGGACGUGAACGUGAAGAAGUACGACUCCACAGGGAUGUUCCACUGGUGCCAGUCCAAAGACAUUGAGAAGGUCAUCUUGACCCGGAGCGAAGCCGCCAUGACUGUUCUAAGCGGCCACGUGGUCGUCUGUAUAUUUGGAGACGCAAAGUCGGCUUUGGUGGGCCUCAGGAACCUGGUGAUGCCUCUGAGAGCCAGCAACUUCCACUACCACGAGCUGAAACCCAUCGUGUUCGUGGGUUCUCUGGAGUACCUGAAGAGGGAAUGGGAGACCCUUCACAACUUCCCCAAAGUCUCCAUCUUACCUGGCACACCAUUAAGCCGGGCCGAUCUGAGGGCCGUCAAUAUCAACCUCUGUGACAUGUGUGUCAUCCUGUCGGCCAAUCAGAGCAAUAUCGACGACGCUUCACUGCAGGACAAGGAAUGCAUCCUGGCGUCACUCAACAUCAAGUCUAUGCAGUUUGACGACAGCAUCGGGGUGUUGCAGGCUACCUCCCAAGGUUUCACCCUGCCAGGCAUGGACAGGUCCUCUCCUGAAAACAGUCCAGUUCAUGGGGGGUUGGUACGACAGGCUUCCAUCACAACAGGAGCCAAUGUCCCCAUCAUCACUGAACUAGUAAAACCAGCAGGCAAAGUCCUACCUGUGAUUUCAUUCAGUCAGGAUACAAGCAGUGGGAUCAACAUACACAUAAUAACAGAACUGGUGAACGACCUCCAAUGUUCCAGUUCCUGGACCAGUGAUGAUGACGACGAUCCUGACACAGAGUUGUACCUCACUCAGCCCUUCGCCCUGUGGGACGGCUUUGCAGUCAGCGUGCUGGAUUCCCUGAUGAGUGCUACAUACUUCAACGAUAAUAUCCUCACCCUGAUCCGGACGCUGGUAACAGGGGGGGCCACUCCGGAGCUGGAGGGUCUGUUGGCGGAGGAGAACGCAUUACGAGGAGGCUACAGCACGCCGCAGACCCUCGCUAACCGGGACAGGUGUCGUGUUGCACAGCUAGCCUUGUACGACGGGCCUUUCGCUGACUUGGGGGAGGCGGUUGCUACGGGGACUUGUUUUGUUAAAGCGUUAAAAACAUAUAACAUGCUUUGCUUUCGGAAUUUACCGAUUGAGGGACGCCAUCUAAACACACAAAGUCAUUACAAGCAAUGCACUAAACGAUAUGUAAUAACCAACCCACCGUAUGGUUUUGAGCUGGUGCCAUCAGACCUGAUCUUCUGCCUGAUGCAGUUUGACCACAACGCGGGUCAGUCCCAGGCCAGCCUCACCCACAGCUCCCACUCCUCCCACUCCUCCAGCAAAAAGAGCUCCUCCGGCCAUUCUAUCCCCGCCACCAACCGCACCAACCGCGCCAAGAGCAGGGACUCACGGGAUAAACAAAAGAUGAAUAGAAUGGGCCAAGAAAAGACAUGCUUUACAGAUGAGCCUGAGAACGCAGCCUACCCCAGGAAGUCACACUGUAGUCACACAGCCAACCCCCAGGUCAACCACCAGGUCAACCCCCAGGUCAACCACCAGGUCAACCACCAGGUCAACCACCAGGUCAACCACCAGGUUAACCACCAGGUCAACCAGAACCCUUACAAAUCCACCAACAACCUCAUCCCAUCCAUCAGAGAGGUGGAGGAUGAAUACUGAACUACAGAACCCUAUUUUGACACCUACAGUAGAACCCACCUGGAGAACACCUGGAACUAGAACCCAAGAACAGCUAGAACCCACCUGCAGAACACCUGGAACUAAAAUCCAAGAACAGCUAGAACCCACCUACAGAACGCAUGAAACUAGAACCCAAGAACAGAUGGAACCCACCUAGAGAGCGCAUGAAACUAGAACCCCGAUCCAGUGGAACUGGAAUCUGAAGAACACUUUAAAGCUAGAAUCCUUAGUUGCUACAUCAAUUUAUGGACUUAUAAAUGAAUGAUCAAAACAUCAAUGCUGCAUAAUAAACCUCAUGGAAAAGUGCAUAUGUACAGUAGCUACAGUAACAUCAUAUCAGCAGGCUUUUUGACAUGUUUUAUACAUAUGAAUAUAUAAAUGAAGUAAUAGACAUAUACAUACAAUCAGAUGUCAAUCAAAUGUACAGUCAGUCAGUCACUAAUGCUAACACUCAGCCAUGUAGUUUGCACAGCCAGUUGCCUAGUGACCAGACUGAGGGUCGCUUCAGUCAGAGUAGCAAAGCAACGCAAUGCAAGAUAACAUACGAUGAAGCAUUAUAAUAGAGUGUUAUCAAACUGGACUGAUUAUUUGCCAAUAAAAACCAUAUACAUUGUU